AUGGGUAAAAAGGCCAAACUUGGAAAGGCUCGUAAGGAUAGAUUUUAUAAACUCGCAAAAGAAACUGGAUACCGUUCUCGUGCUGCAUUUAAGUUAAUCCAGUUGAACCGCAAAUUUGAGUUUCUCCAAAAGUCUCGAGUUGUUGUUGACUUGUGUGCUGCUCCCGGUGGUUGGUUGCAAGUUGCUGCUGAAAACACUCCUGUCUCUAGUCUGGUUGUCGGUGUUGAUCUUGUUCCUAUUCGACCGAUUCCUAAAACAAUUUGUUUGCAGAAUGACAUCACAACUGAAAGUUGCAGGCAGGCAAUCAAGAAGGAAUUGCAAACAUGGCAGGCUGAUGCUGUCCUUAAUGAUGGUGCACCAAAUGUUGGUAAAUCCUGGGUCCAUGAUGCUUUUCAACAAGCCCAGUUGACGUUAUCUGCUUUAAAAUUAGCCACUGGAGUUCUGCGAAAAGGUGGUUGGUUUGUGACAAAAAUUUUCCGUUCAAAAGAUUACAAUUCCCUGCUGUGGGUCUUCCACCAAUUGUUCAAGAAGGUGCAUGCGACUAAACCCCAAGCCUCAAGAAAUGAAUCUGCUGAAAUCUUUGUGGUUUGUGAGAAUUAUUUGGCCCCAGACAAAUUGGAUUCAAAGUUUCUUGAUCCCAAAUAUGUGUUCAAAGAAGUGGAAGAGGAAGUACAGAUGAGCAUCAAUGCUUUUAAACCUGAACAAAAGCAAAGAAACCGUGAAGGUUAUCCUGAAGGAGUCACGUCUUUACAUUUUGUGAGGAAUGUGUCUGAAUUUAUCAACAAUGACAAUUAUUUGCAGAUCCUGGCUUCCAGCUCUGAGUUAAAAUUUGAUGAUGAAGCCAUUGCUAACCACUCACUGACAACAGAUGAAAUAAAAGCUUGCUGUCAAGAUAUUAGAGUCCUUGGCAAGAAAGACAUCAAACGACUGAUUGCCUGGAGAAAACAGAUACGAAAAGAAAGAGAAGAUAAUAAGAAAGAAGAGGUAGCUGAAGAAGUUGUUGAGACUGAUGAAGAAGAUGAGGAGUUGAAACUUGAAGAGAUGCUGGCAACAGCAAAAGAGGACGAGAGGAAGCACUUGAAAAAGCGUUUAAAAAAGAUUCGAGAACGAAAAAUCAAAUUAACUCACAGAAUGGACAUGAAGUUGGAACAUCCUGAUGACAUAAUUGAACAAGUGGAUGAUGUGGCUUUGUUUAAUCUCAACAAAAUCAGCACAAAAAAGGCCCUUGAUGAGGUACAGAAGGGUGAUCUUAGUAUGAUGGAUCUUGAAGACAUUAUCAAGGAUGAUGAUAUUUAUAUUCCUAAUGAACGAAGGAAAACUGUCCGCAAAGACACAACCGAUUAUGACUACAAUAUUGACAGUGACAACGAGAACCCUCAAGAUGAUGAUGACGAUAUUAGCAUGGCAGAAAUUUCCGGCAAUGAUGAUGAUGAUGACCAAGAGGAUCAGUUGGAUAUCAAUGAACAGGUUGAAGAAGAGAAUCCAUUACUUGUUCCAUUGGUCAAUAAAAAGACUAUUUCAGAGAGAGUUGAUGAUUGGUUUAGUAAGGAUUCAUUUGCUGGUCUUUUGUCGAAGGACAGUGAUGACAAUGAUGACGAUUUUUCAGAGGAUGAAGAGAUUCACCAAGUGAAAUUAAACAAAGAAAAUGUCAACAAAAUUAAUCAACAACCACAAAAAUCUAAAACAAAACCUGGGAAGCAAUUUGAUGAUGAUGAUGAUGAUUCAGAAGAGGAAAAUGAGGAUGAUGAUGAUUUAGAUAAAGAACUUUUAACCAAAAAAGUACAAAAGAGAACUGCCCCUGAACUCGAUGCUGAGGGUAUGGCAAUAGCUGCACGAAUGAUUCAGUCCAAAAAACAGAAACGAGAAAUAUUUGAGUUUGGAUACAAUAGGUAUAUGACAGAUGAUACAAAUCUUCCACGGUGGUUUUUGAAGGAAGAAGAAAAAUAUUAUAAAAAAAAUGUCCCUGUUACUAAGGCUGAGGUCCAAGAAUAUAAGGAAAUGUUGAAAGCAGUUGAUGCUCGGCCAAUCAAAAAGGUAGCAGAAGCUAAAGCCAGGAAAAAAAUGAGGUCUAUGAAAAAACUUGAGAAAGUACGCAAGAAAGCUGAAGGUAUUACAGAUGCGGUUGACACUUCGGAACGAGAAAAAUGGAUGAAAAUUAAAGAUAUUUAUAAAAAGGCUGGCCUUUUGGGUAAAAAGAAGAAGGAAACCUCAUAUGUCGUUGCCAAAAGAGGUGGCGGCACUCGUGGAAGUAAACCUAAAGGACCUUACAAAGUUGUUGACAAACGACUCAAAAAAGACAAACGAUCACUGAAAGCAAAUGUAAAAAGAAAAGAAAAAAAUAAAAAACGCCGGUGA